AUGCAUGCCACAGCUUUCUCAAGCAGCGUAUGGUCACUGUCACUGUUUCAGAAUAUGGACAGUUUUGUUGACUUGCAUGCAGAUCAAAGUUUGACCAAAGCUCAGGUUCGAAUUGCCGAACGCUCAACGGAGGGACUGCACGCUAUAUUGAAGCGGGCAAUUCAGAGAGCGCCAAGAGCCUCCCUUGCGUACUUGAGCAUGGAGCUCAGGUUCAAUCAACUUCUUCGGUCUGCCAUCCAUGAGCCACUGGUUUUCAAACAGAUGGAGGCAGAAUGGAAGAACAUGGGCACGUACCAGGGCUUUCUGAAGGCCGUUCAGAGCUUGUUGGGGGUGCAAGGCAGAUCACUUCAUUCCCUCAAAGAGGCAGACUUGGCAAAACUCCUCUACAGAGACAACCUCGAAUUGAAGCAUUCGUUGCCAAAUCACAUUCAAAGGGCGAUCGCUGAGGUUGAAAAUUUGGGCCCAGUGGUGAGUGUCAAUGCGAAACAACCCAACAAGACUGAUGUGUUGGCUGCAUGCAUCCUCGAUUUCUUGAUGGAGGUGUGUCGCAGAGACCCAAAGAUUCUGAUUAUGUUUCGCAGCGAUUUCAUAGACGGCCGCCUUCAACCGAUCGAAGAAGCGUUUUCGCAUGGGCAAAGGCAAGCUGCAGCAGCUUUGCCACCCCAGAAUGAUUCGAAUGUUUUGCGUUUUGAAGACGAGCCUUCCAUCACAAUUUUCGAUUUGUCUUCGAAAUCUGGCUUGCCAGCUGCAUCGCGGUCCCAUUCUGAGCUCAAGAGGUUCUGCCGCCUGACCAAAAACAUCUUCAAGCACAUGACUUUGCAAAACAAACCGACUUCAGAGAUCGACUGUUUGGCCACUGUGUUCGACAUUGGGCCAGGGGAUGUGCUAGCGCCACGUGGAACACCAUACACUUGUGUCCUCAGUGAUGCUUCUUCUGUUGACCUUGUGGGCAAUGCGUCCAUUUGCACAAUUGGGCCUGUUGAAUUUGAUUGUGCGGAAAAAUCAACUGCCGGCCAGCUUCUGCUUGACAUGAUGAAAUCGGGGGCUUGGGGUCCACAGGCUAGCAGGCUUGAUGUGGCUACUCAGGCCUUCUAUCUCCCGAAUUCCGCCCAAUCUGAAGAUUGCCAGAUACUGCUGCAGAAGAAGUUGAUCACUCCGUCGAUGAUCCAGUCAGUGGAUGAUGCAGAUGCAGAUGCAGAACAGUUCUACCUGACACCGCAUGCUUUUGAUGUUUUGCAACUGAAGCUGACCCUUGCAUCUCAAAUGCCAUUGGAUGAGUACCACAAGUCGUCAUCAGGUGCUGAUCUUUCCAUCAACGACCUGUGCGCGUUUGAACUUUUCAUGCUGAUGUUGCAUUCUGGAUGGGAGGUGGUGGUGAGUCUCAGUCGGAUGGAUUUCAUUGACAAGCAGCAGCAGGAGAAACAAUUUUGUAUUCAGAAUCAUGGAGUUGGUGCUCUCCGUGUCUAUUUGGCAGCAUGUUUGCAAGCUGACCGAAUUUUGGAAGCAGGAUUGCCACAGCUGUUCCAUUGUCAAUCCAAAACCUACUAUGCUUGUGCCCUUCGAUUGACCGAUCUGGGCUCAGAUGGGUGCCUGAAAAAGCUCGAACCAAAUAAACCAGCCAGCUGUUACAAAGAGUUGCUGAAGGAAGCAGAAGACCUUGCAAAUGACAAGAAGAACAAAGGUAGCAAAAAAAGGUUAGCAAAUGCCAUUUCAGUACCGGCAGGCACAGGAGGCGAAGUGAUGGAACUGGAGCUGGAAGAUGAGAAGAGCUUGCUGGAGAUUCUUGGGGAGUCAGUUCCAAAGGCUAAGCAGCAAAAGAAGCAGACGAGCGCACGUCAUGAAUGCUGUCAACGCCGUCCAAUUUCAGCUGAAACUGCCAUGGGCCCAGACUCGGGGCCAGUCCAAGUGUCAAGUGAUUCUUCCAGCAGCGGAGAGAUGGAGACAGAGACAGCAACAGAGAAUCCUGUGACUGCAAUCAGGCGGCGUAAAUCGGAAGCCGCGCAGGCGACUGCUAGCAGUAGGUUGGUGCAGGCUGUGGCCACAGUAGCUGAGCAAGCGGCAGCAGCCACUGAACGUGCAAAGCAAAAAAAAAUCCAGGCCCCUGUGGUCCCAGCCCCAGCGGCCAAGGCCAUGGCUGUGGAUGCAACAGAUUCUGAUCCUGCAGAUCUGAACAUGGCUGCUGCAGGUGCCAUUGCAGGUCCAGCACAAGAUUCAGCCUCAGCAGCAAAUGGAAACGUAGUCAAUGACAAUGAGGUCCUGGCCCCGGUCCCAGCAUUGACUGUUGCCACUGCCGCCUCUUCAGCUGGACAAAUUGCUCAGCCGUCGUCAUCCUCAAGCUCAAGUUCAAGUGUUGCAGUCGCUGCGGCGCCUGCCUCCGCUGCCCCAGCCAGAGCCGCUGCCGCUGCCCCAAGCCCAGCAGUGGCAGCUGCACCGGGUGACUCAGCUGGGCGUCGUGCUCAAGGGUCUCUGUCAUCCCUGUUCAACUUGAGCACGAUUUGGGUUGGGGACAUUGCCAUUAUCAAGAGAGAGGACAAGGGUAGCGACUCUUGUUUUAUGUGA